AGUUCCCGGGUGUGUGUCUGUGUCUGUGUCUCGCGGCGCUACGCCGCCGUGGUCAAGCGCCUGGGGGGUCCGCGUCUGAAGCGUCACCUCUGUCACUGCUGCCACCAUACCGAGUCACUUCUAGAGGGACGGAGGCCCGGCCCUUCGCCGGGUGGAGAAGAUGUUGCCCCUGUCCAUCAAGGAUGAUGAGUACAAACCACCCAAAUUCAAUCUGUUUGGCAAGAUCUCAGGCUGGUUUAGGUCCAUCCUGUCGGACAAGACAUCUCGGAACCUGUUUUUCUUCCUGUGCCUGAACCUCUCUUUCGCUUUUGUGGAACUACUCUACGGCAUCUGGAGCAACUGCCUAGGCUUGAUCUCCGACUCUUUCCACAUGUUUUUUGACAGUACUGCCAUAUUGGCCGGAUUGGCAGCUUCUGUUAUAUCAAAGUGGAGAGAUAAUGAUGCUUUCUCUUAUGGGUAUGUUAGAGCGGAAGUUCUGGCUGGCUUUGUCAAUGGGCUGUUUUUGAUCUUCACUGCUUUCUUUAUUUUCUCAGAAGGAGUUGAGAGAGCACUGGCUCCUCCAGAUGUGCACCACGAGAGACUCCUGCUUGUUUCAGUUCUUGGAUUUGUGGUAAACCUAGUGGGAAUAUUUGUGUUCAAUCACGGAGGUCAUGGACAUUCUCAUGGCUCUGGCCAUGGACACAGUCACUCCCUCUUUAAUGGUGCUCUAGAUCACACCCAUGGCCAUGAAGACCAUUGCCAUAGUCAUGAAGCCAAACAUGGAGCCAUACACAGUCAUGGCCACGACCAUGGACACGGGCACUUCCAUUCUCACGAUGGCCCAUCCUUCAAAGAAACAACAGGACCCAGCAGACAGAUUUUACAAGGUGUAUUUUUACACAUUCUAGCAGAUACACUUGGGAGUAUUGGUGUAAUUGCCUCUGCCAUCAUGAUGCAAAAUUUUGGGUUGAUGAUAGCAGAUCCUAUCUGUUCGAUUCUUAUAGCCAUUCUUAUAGUUGUAAGUGUUAUUCCUCUUUUAAGAGAGUCUGUUGGAAUAUUAAUGCAAAGAACUCCUCCCUCAUUGGAAAAUACACUUCCCCAGUGCUAUCAGAGGGUGCAACAGUUACAAGGAGUUUACAGCUUACAAGAACAGCACUUCUGGACGCUCUGUUCUGAUGUUUAUGUUGGGACCUUGAAGCUCCUAGUUGCCCCUGAUGCUGACGCCAGGUGGAUCUUAAGCCAAACACAUAAUAUUUUUACACAGGCUGGAGUGAGGCAGCUUUAUGUACAGAUUGACUUCGCAGCGAUGUAGUCAAUGAAAAGAAAUUGUUUGAGGACCAACAUUUUCCAGUACUGUACAAUCCAAAGCAUUGUACUACCCAGUGCUCUAAAAUAGAGGCGUCAUCUCUACAACUCGGAGGCACCAAGUAGUGCAGGUAGAGUCAGCGUGUGCUGGGGACCACAGCCGGAUCCUGCCCAGACUGUGGCCUUGUGUGCUCUUCCCUCCAAGCCAUUCUGAUUGCUAAGGUUUCUGGGUUUGUCCUAGGGUGUUGGGUUGUCUUUUUUUUUUUUUUUUCCCCUGGGGGUUCUUGCUGAUCACCUUCAGCCCAUCCUAUCAUCACACCAAGCCAGUGAGAGAUUCAGACUGUGGGCUGCCACUCUUCCUAAUGUCUUCACUAAAGCUGCUGGAAACCACUGCUUUUAUCCCUACAAAACCAGUGUUGUUUUUACAAGCCGAAGUCUGUUUUCUAUGAAAUGUCACAGUUGUUGACGUUCUUCAGUGUAAUCAUACGUUUGUAAAAUUGUUUGUACCUUGCAAACUUAUGAACCAAACCAUAUUGGGUUUUCAAAGUGCCUUUGUAUCCGAAAAUAUAUUUGCCAGCACAGUAAUGUACCAUCAAAGGUCAUAUGUAUGUUUUUUUAAAUGGAUAUUCUGUAAUUUGUACAAAAUAAGACUUGCUAGUAACAUAUAUAAUUGUCUUUUGCAUAUUUCCAGCAUAGGUUUAACUAUAUUAAAUUUCUUGUCUUGUGAAAAAGGACAUUAUUUUGCUCUAUAAAAAAUUCAGUGAUCACAUUAAGAUACUUUGUAGACCACUUUCAAAAGUGCAGAUACACUAGAAAAACUCCUCUAGACCAAAAAAAAAUCUGCUCUACUACAGAUCCUAUAAACUCUUGGCCUGUCUGUGGUAAAUCUUCCAGUAACUUUCCUUGCCAUUUUUACAGAUUCUGUUGAUGAGCGAAAGCACCGCAGAGUUGGCAGAAAGAACAGUGACAGUGACAUUUUACAGCGUCAUACUCUUUUUCAGGUGCCAAGCAGUACAGUUUCUUUUCCUGGUUUUGUUUGCACAAAUACAAAUUACUUCCAGGAAUCCUAGGAUAGCAUUUGAUUGAGUGUGAACUGUUGUAACUGUGGAGCCAAUGUGGUUAUAUAGAAUUCUUCCUAAAAUUUGGUAUCUUACAAAUAGUUGAUUUUCUAGGGUGAGUAUGAGAAAAAUACAAUUGCAAUGGACAUGAUACAUACUACUCCCAGCACUCAGGAGGCAGAGACAGGCAGAUCUCUUGAGUUCAAGGCCAGCUUGGUUUUCUGGGACAACCAGGGCUACAUAGAGAGACCAUGUCUUAAAAUUAUAAAUGAACUGCAAUUUGAGAUGACAGGUGCUUAACAUUCAAGUAUUCUUGGUGUUUUCUGAAGAGAUGCUGUUUGGGUGAACAUUUUCCUAUUGUACUUCAUUUAUCCCUACAAAUACUCCCUUUAGUUUAAGUAAGUUGAUAUUGUUAGCAAAAUUUUAAAAAUCUUGAAAGGCAAAAAUUAAGAGUAUAGAUCAGUGACAGACACUUUAUCCGUAAAGGGGCAGAAUUUAUUGUUAGUUUUUGCCUGAGCUUUUGAGUACUUUUCCUCCUACUUCUGACUACAAUUUAUGAACCAUUCUGUAUGAGGAGAGCUAUGCCAGUCUCAACUGCAGCAGAAAGUACACAGUGUCUGUGGUACCCUUUUUAAAAUCAAGUGGGAUUUCAAAACCUGUUUGCUUCCUGCCAGGCUGCAGUAGAUUGGGUUUGAUUGAAACAAUGCCAUAGUCUUUCAGGAGGGAAAGCACAGAUGGAGAUGUCCUGGCCCUGUACUGCUUCUUCAUGUCCAUUCUGAGUAGUUGAGUCCGACAGACCCUGGAUAUUCUGUGGGUUGGGGCAUACUUUUAGAAAUGACAGGUCUGGAUGAAGGCACAUACUUGGAUUCUAGCCUUUACAAGCUAAUCCUGGUGGCUCUAUCAACACUGCACAGGUGGAGUCAACUUGGGUAGUUCUAAGAUUUACCAAAUCUGCUUUCCACUGGGCCCUUAAUUCCAUGUGGAAUUUUUGUUGAAAUGGGUCAUUCUGUCUAGCUAGACCCUAAGUGCACCAAUCCAAGAAUGUUGCUUUUCUUUGAUGAGGCAUAGAAUGUGUUUGAUGUGAAACUAAUUUUGCACUUUGUUCCAAGAGCUUUCCAGCUCAUAACAUUUAGCAAGUUGGCAUUUACAUUUUUGCUUAAUUAAAUGUUUGCAUACCUGUGUGUACAAAAAAAAAAAAAUGUGAGCAGAAACAACUUUUCACGGAAAGAAAGCUUGUCUUCUAGUGUUAUUUAUGCAGCCUAAUACUAACCAGUGGUUCUACUAAGAAAUACUACUUGGUUAUGGUAAUAAAAUUCAUUUAGAUACUCCUAACAUUAGGCUAAUAUUCUUUAAAAGAAAAAAAAAAGCCAAUCUGAGUGUAAAUUUGCCAAUCUAUGAAUAACCAAAGUUUGUUCCUCUGAAUAACAAACCUACUUUGUUCAGAGAAAGUUUACCUUACCAGACAAACAUCUCCGACUAAGUAUAUUUUAAAAAUUCGUUGUAUUACUUGAUGAAGAACUUGACCGAAGUCCAACUUCCUCCUUUUGGAAACUCUGUGUCUUUCUGAAGGACAGUAUCUGGUUAUGUGUAGGUUAGUGUUCCUCUUCUGUCAUCUACCCUUCUUUUGUAGUGGAGGUGUAAGAUCAUGGCAACAGAUGUCAUUGUGAUGUCCCUUUAUCUUAAAAGAUUCUUAAAAGCCUACACAUAUGUACUGGUAACCAAAAUACUGUGACUUCUGUGUACCUCUAUAAAGCAGCCAAAUCAGUAACCCACAAUGUAGCCAAUCAGAACUCUCAUAUUUUGUUUUUAUAGACAGUAACAUGGAAACCAACCUGGUAUAGAAUGCUGGGAUUUAAGAGUAGCACAUUACUUACUGUAGAAUUUCACACCCAAGCAAAGACUGUGCUGGGAGCAGUCUGGUUCUACCUCUCAUGUUCAGAUGAGAAACCUGAGGUCCAGAAAAGCUGUCAUUUCCUUAAGAUUACAGGGAUGAGUGGUGGCGAAGCCAAUGCUCAAAGGCAAUUAUCCGAUGCCAACUCUCUGUACACUGUACUGUGCUGCUCCCCUUUGUGACAUUGCCUUUCUGUAAAUGUGACUAAAUAUGGCUUGUAAAUAAAGAACUCUGACCUCUAGUUUUGGUACAUGAAGGCACUUUAUAAAUGGAAUGUUGUCUCAUUUUUCAUAUAUAAUUGUGAAGUUUAGAUUAUUUCCAUAGUAUUUGUUGCAAAAUAAAUUAUAAUAAUUAUUUUUUAUUCUUCCAAAACCAACUCUUGACUUGGAAAAACAAAACAAAAUUGUACUUUAGAUACUUUUAACUUGUAAGUGAAUUUUUAUUACUUGCCCAAGGCUCAGUCCAGUUUAAUCCUGGCUUACUUUCCUAAUUUUGCUUAUAUACUGUAAACUGUUUCCUUUUAGAUAGCAGGCUGAUUCACGGGUCAUGCCAUUUCAGCCCUUCAAUCCCUGGAGAGUGUUUUUACAUUAAAAAUUCUCAGAGCUGUGAAAAUGGGGACAGUGAAUGUAUGCAACACAUCUUUUACUUCACUUGGGUCAAGUUUUGAAAUCUUAAUCAGAACUGCAAAUACUAGACCACUGCUUUUGACUCUUCGUAAAUGUAUUACCUUUGCCAAGUUAAGGUCUUUUUGUUUGUUUUUUUACAAAGAGUCAUCAUUGUUGAAACACAUUAUUUUCUAGUUCAUACGAAUCUUGGGGGGGAGUGUCUUUUAUUCUUUGAAGAACAUUCAUUAAAUGUUCUAUGAAGGAUUCUCAAGAUAGGAUUUCUAAAGGUCUCCUUAGUGAUUCAGAUCUCUACCACAGAAUCAAGACACUGAAAAAAAAAUUGUAUAUCAAGGAAAGUGUUUGCAGAAAUAUAGCAGAGAGGUAUAACUCCAUUUAAAGGCCAAAUGGACAGGGCUUUUGAUGAUGUCAUCUUUGGUUUAUAUUAGGCCUUAGCCAUUUCCUAACUGCAGCUCACACAGAAAACAAGGUAGAUAACCUCUGCUAAGUAUGUAUCUGAACACUUGGUGGCUUUUCUCAUGUUCUGACAUUUAAUUCUCACAUUUUUAUAAAGAGGGGGUUGCAUGAUUUUAUGAUUGACAGCAUUUUAAAAUGUAGCCCGUGAUCCUCAUAGCAUGAGGAAGGAGUCCUUAUCUGGGGAAGAGGCUGUGGUAUGGCAGCAACUCAGUCUUUUCUGAUGACUGCUUUUAUAAGGCCCAAGACUUUGUAGCACAUCUAUGUGGACUCCUGGAAAAUCAGUGAACACUCAAGGUGCCGUUGCUAUGGGAACAUUUACAAACUGCUUCUAGCCUGUUUCUUCCUGCUCUCUGUAUGUUUGCUUUAUAACUUGGUCACGGAUCCAAAACCGUGCUAGGGAAAGUGGCACUAGAACUCCUUAAGUCCAUUUACAAGCAAUUAGAAAGUUUCAUUGGAAGUCACAUGGAGCUGCUCACUGACCUAGCGACCUCUAUGCCAGCAUUAAGAAGAGUGCCUGCCCUCAAGAACAUCACUGGGGAAUCAUUUGCCAAAAAUCACAGAUCAAUUUUCCGGAAGUGUUAAGGAGUAUCUGAUUUACACACUACAUUUUACACAAGUUUUUUCAAUAUAAAAAGUCUGUUUCAUAAAUAGAAGCCUGUGCUUCCACAACAGCUUUGAAUACGAAUUUGUAAUUUUGACCGUGAUGUUGGAAACCAAAACAAGCUGAAAGUAGUCUUGUAUGUCCUUCUCUACUUUGACUCUGUGGGUUUAUGCUUACAGGCUCAAGAAUAUGUAGUUACCAGUAACCCUUAGUAGACCAUAGCAGACAUAAGCUAAAGGACAGGGAUAGGAGAAAAAUGAGACUCACUGCAAAAAACAUCUCAGGAGUUCUGGCAUUUCUGUGCAGGCUGGAGUUCUAUCCAUUCUGUCCAUUUCUCCCCAGCUAGUCUGGGAGUUGCUCAAUUUCUGUUUGCUACUCUCCAUGCUGUUGGGGAUUUGGCAGAACGGAGACUAUGUGCUAUGGCCUUCUGGACUACACAGCCACACUGGGGAUUGUGUUGCCUCCCAUGUUUUGGUGGAGAAUUGCCAUAUUGCCAUAUCUUUUAAGGACUGUCUACUCCCCCAGAAUAUUCUGUCAUCCAAAACUCUUUCGGAGAGAUCCCUUGAAGGUGCUUCUAAUGAAAACACCAUGUGUGUUAAGUCAUCUAAAUGUCUCUAGAAUACACCUACCAUUUUUGUUUUGCUUCUGUUCAAAUAUUUUUUGUACAUUUUCUCCCCUAACUUGGAAUGAUGUGACUGAAAGUUUGCCAGAUCCCUUCUUCAUAUUUUCUGAACAUGCCCACACUUCACUUUCCUUCUUGUAAUGGUUUUAAACAUGGCCAAUUCUAGAUUGGGGGUUGAUUCCCUUGGUGAAGAUCAAAACAUUUCUACAAAUGUUUACAUACAAGGCCGGGUAGGAAUGUCACCUAGAAGCAAUCUGAAUGGUUUGAAAAUGCUGCAGUGACCAAUUAUGACUUGCCGAAGGGCACUCUACAGAUCGCAAUGUAUGUAUCUUUCAUGUUUUCUACUUGCAUACAUUUCAUACAUAUUUUGUUUAACCGCAAUGUAUUUUAAAAUGAUCAUAUACAGCUGUAUUGAAAAUUUGUUUUCAAUUAAAUUUCUGUUUAAAAGUC